AGUUGUUUUUUUAUUUUAUUUGGAUAAUUUUUGAUAAUAUUAAUUAAAUUAUUUUCAUCAGUAUUAAUAUUAGCGUUGUCCUGGCUGAUUUGGGAUACAGUUGGAAUGGGAUAAUUUGUUAUUAAAUUGUUUCUUGUCUAAUCUUGAAAAAAAAAAAAAAUCCUCCCCACAUCAUUGUAGUUUUGCAUUAUAUAAAUGAUAGAGCAUUUGAAAAAUUGACAAAAAUGUAUAAAUAAUGAAUAAAUAAUAUUAAAUAAAAAAUAAUAAUAGAUAAUUCGAUAUGAGUGUCAGCUAUCUUUUUAUAAGUAAAAAGUGAAUUUAUUAUUUUCAUGGCCAAUCCCCCAAACAUUCAGUAUCACUGUAAAAACCUCUUUAAGAUGCUCCUGGACUAAAAAUGCAGCACAUGGUCUCUUUCCCAAUGUGAAAAAAAAUGAAAAAAUUUGGGUCGCAGGAGGCUAGAGGACAACUUUGGUAAAAAGUGGCACAGUUUACCCCAUUCUCCCCUAUCAUUUAAUACAUGUUCUUAGUAGAGAAUACACUACCACUCUGCUAGACGUUGCAGGGGGUAAAGUAAACACGUCCAUUCAGAUCAGCCUAACCUGGCACCUCUCCUCUGUAAUGUUUGAGAGACACAGGGAGUGCAAGAGAGCAAACAGGGGAAUGAAGGUCUAAAGGACAAUGUGAGCUUCCUUUUAGUCCAGGCAGACAGAGACGAAAACACCUUAAACUGGAAGCCGGGUAUGUUUUGCUUUAUAUUCUUUAAUACGGACGACUGUAGAUUUGAAAUUAAUUCUCUUUGCUAUCUCAUUUCAGUACAAUGAGAGUAUGCACACGUCGACGUUUACAGACUUUGCGUAUGUGGCUAUUAAUUGUCUUCCUGAGUCUGCAUUUGCUCGUGGUUUCACUUGUCCUGUCCAUGUACCACACUUCUUGUGAGCCCCGCUCGCACCCUGACAUCCAGACCUCCAUCAGCUUCUUCACUCAGAAUACAUCUACUUCAGCAAACACAAUGGCUGCUGUAGGAACUGUCACCCACAAAAUGGAAAUAGACAGUGCAGCAGAUGACCUUUCCAAACUGGAGGCUCUGUUCUCCCACCCGCUGUAUAAUAUGCUCACCCCACCUGUGCCUGAUGGUGAUUGGUUGCUAAAAGUCAGAACGAAAAGAAAAGAGGAAGAGCGUAGCACUCAGCAGUGGCUGAGUGCUAAUGAGGAUGGCUAUGAUCCUAUCAUCUGGAACGCCAGUGCCGAGACACAUCCGCCUUGGCUCCGGUUUCACCUUGGUAUAUCUCGCUGGCAGAUGUAUCAGCACAAAGAUCCCAGUCUGUCAGCGCUGACUCAGCAGCUGGCAUCCCACCGCAUUGUCAGUGCAGUGCAAAAAUCAGGUGGGACGCAGCUGAAGUUGGUGAUGUCAUUUCGUAAUUAUGGAAAGGCGCUCUUCAAACCCAUGAAACAGGAACGUCAUGAGGAGACCAAUGUGAAUCUGUAUUAUUUCUCUGACUUUGAGAGGCACAAUGCUGAAAUCGCAGCCUUCCACCUGGACAGGAUACUGGGUUUCAGAAGGGUGCCUCCAGUGGUUGGGAGGCUUAUUAAUGUAAUAAAAGAGAUCAAAGACAUCACCACUGACCAUAAACUGGCCACAACAUUUUUCACUUCCCCAGUGGGGAAUGCGUGUUUUUACGGCCAGUGUUCCUAUUACUGCUCCACGGAGCAUGCUAUCUGUGGACGUCCCGUCAUGAUAGAGGGGUCUUUGGCUGCUAUGCUGCCAGACCUGUCGUUGGCACAGCGCCGCUCAUGGAAGAGCCCCUGGAGGCGGUCCUACAGCCGAAGCAAGCUGGCUCUGUGGGAGACAAAUAACAACUACUGUGUCUCAGUAAAAAAGUCUCCUCCCUACGACCGAGGCACUCGAUUGGUGGAUCUGAUUGACAUGAGCAUUCUGGACUUCCUUAUGAGUAACAUGGAUAGGCACCACUAUGAAACAUUUGAGAAGUUUGGCAAUGACACAUUUCUCAUACACUUAGACAACGGAAGAGCGUUUGGACGUCACUCCAAAGAUGAACCUUCUAUUUUGGCUCCUCUUGUGCAGUGCUGCAGGGUCCGUCGUUCCACGUUGCUUCGUUUACGUCUGCUCUCUCUCCCGCUGUAUCGGUUGAGUGAUGUCAUGCGUGCAUCUUUGGCUCAGGAUCCCCUUGCAGCGAUGGCUCCUCUCCUUACUGAUCCACAUCUUUCCGCUCUAGAUCGUCGCCUAGCAACAGUCAUUCAAACCAUCCAGGACUGUCUGGAACAGCAUCAACAUCACAGUGAUGUCAUAUAUGAUGACAUCACUGAUUACCCUUGGGCUUGAUUAUUUAGAUCUAUGUUGUGAUGUAUAGCCACACUGUAAACAAUCAAUUACACAUUAUAUAGUUGUAAAAUAAUGUUAAAUGAAGUGGAUUAUUGCCAUCUGUGACCAGUACUUGAUGCAUGAUUUGAGACAAAAUUGAAGACAAAAUGUUUGCAAGUAACAUAUAAAUCAUACAUGUUAUUUAAGUACCAAACUCUCCGAGUAAGCAAAGCUAUCUCAGUUGGCAUAACAGGUAGGCAUAUUUAAAGGCCCACUGAAACGCCUUGGAAUACGCAGCAUUAUACAAAC